CUUGUAACUACUAUUUUCAGUUGCUGCUGACAUCAAAUUCCAUACUCAAAUGCGGCGAGAGUUAUAAAUUAUGAUAAAUUAUUAUAGACACGUUCAGUACCAUAGGAAAGGGAUCGUGAUACGACCUACAAAAAUGACAACCAUGUUCGCAGACACUAUUCUUAUUGUGUUCAUCUCUGUUUGCACAGCUCUGUUAGCUGAGGGAAUUACAUGGGUGUUGGUGUAUCGUACUGCAAAGUACAAGAGUCUGAAGGCAGAGGUGGAAAAGCAAAGCAAGAAAUUGGAGAAGAAGAAGGAAACCAUUACAGAAUCUGCAGGACGUCAACAGAAGAAGAAGAUUGAGAGACAAGAGGAGAAACUGAAGAACAACAACAGAGAUCUAUCCAUGGUACGAAUGAAGUCCAUGUUCGCCAUUGGCUUCUGUUUCACAGCGUUGAUGGGAAUGUUCAACUCCAUCUUUGAUGGAAGGGUGGUGGCCAAACUGCCAUUCGUCCCACUGUCCUACAUUCAGGGUCUUUCCCAUCGCAACCUUUUGGGCGAGGACUUCACUGACUGCUCAUUCAUCUUCCUGUACAUUCUCUGCACCAUGUCCAUCAGACAGAACAUCCAGAAGAUGCUGGGUCUGGCCCCCUCCAGAGCUGCCACCAAGCAGGCUGGAGGUUUCUUGGGACCCCCUCCCCAGGCAGCUAAGUUCUCCUAAGAACCAAGCAUAUGGGUGGCCUUCCAGGCUGACUACAUUACAUUACAGUCCAAUGGUUGUGUACCAUGUCAUCGAGUGUGCAGCCGAGCAUCAGAUCCUAUAUCAGAUGAUGUGAUUUUUGCAAUGUAGUCUGCUUAGAACGCGUCUUCAGUCCUAUUUCUACACUGUGACUGUCUGGCC